AUGAUCAAAUCAGCCCUCCAAGCCGACAUCCCAGUCACAGACGUCGCCUCGUUCGUCUUCAGCUCCGGCACGCCGUCCUCGCGUGAGUCACCGCAGUACUUCGACGCCGCCACUCCGGCGAAAUGCUUUAGCCUGGCGCAGGCUGAGGGGUACGUGAAGCAGAUCGCUCGCGGUCUGGAAGUGCUGGGUCUCCAGCCAGACGACAAGGUUCUUCUCUACUCAAACAACAGUCUCUUUUUCCCGGUCUUGCUGUGGGGUGUUCUAGCCGGGCGGUUCGUCUUUACGGCUGCGUCGCCAACGGCAAGUGUUAACGAACUGGAGUACCAGCUCCGCGACUCAGGCGCGAAACUCCUCCUCGCUGGUCCGAGCCAGGUAUCUGUUGCGCUGGACGCAGCGGCGCGGGUCGGUCUACCCCGGGAUAAGGUGUAUUUAUUCUGUGACCCGGACGAUGCUUCAAACUACUCAUCGCAGUCUCUCCCGGUAUGGACGCAGUUCUGGAGACCCGCUGCAGAGGUGCAUACUUGGUCGUGGAGGAAGAUAGACACGCUGGACGAGGCGAAAGACACGACGGCCAUCAUCAACUACUCCAGUGGAACAACAGGUCUUCCCAAGGGGACGGAGAUAUCGCACUACAAUGCCGUUGCAAACUCCACCCAGCUAUUAGCCGCGCGUGCGAUCGUAUCCAGCGACAAGAAGGGCCGGGAUCGCAAAGAGCGGCUCGACAUGUCUGGGGAGAGAUGGCUUGCGCCGCUUCCCAUGUACCAUGCAUAUGGCCAAACAUACUACUGUCUGAAUGCCGCACGCGCAGGCGCAAAAGUGUUCAUAAUGCAGUCCUUCGACGUGCAGAAAUACCUCCUCUACAUGGACAUCUACCGCAUCACAUUCAUGGCCUCCGUCCCCGCCAUAAUGGCCACUCUAGCCAAGCAGUCUAACGCGUCCGCGUACAAUCUCGGCGCCGUAGAGCUAGUAACCAGCGGCUCUGCACCGCUGAGCCCUGAACUGGGGCGGAUCAUCGCGGGCAUGUACCUCCGUCCGGGGCUCGGCGUCAAGCAGGGCUGGGGGAUGACAGAGACGACGUGCUCGAUUACGACGUUUGCGCCGGAUGACGAGGACGAUGGCCGGUCGAUUGGGUAUCUGGUUCCGAACUGUGCUGCGCGGAUUGAGCCUGUUGAGGGGAGGGAUUUCAGUGGUGCUGCGCCGAGGGGGGUAGCUGUGGGUGAGAUUUGGGUUGCUGGGCCGAAUGUUAUGAAGUGUUAUUAUAAGAAGCCGGACGAGACGAGGGAGACGAUUGUUGAAGAUGGUGGGAUUAGGUGGUUGAGGACGGGGGAUAUUGGGUAUUUUGAUGAGAGGGGCCGGGUUUAUAUCGUUGAUCGGUUGAAGGAACUCAUCAAGGUCAAGGGCCUCCAGGUUGCCCCGGCUGAGCUGGAGCAGUACCUCCUUACCCAUCCGGACGUUGCUGAUGCAGCUGUUGUCGGUGCUAAAGUAAACGGCGGAGAGUACCCCCGAGCAUUCGUCGUGCGCAAAGGGGGCGCUGUGACGGAUACUGAGCUCUUCGACAUGAUCAAAGCGCAGUUUGCACCGCACAAGUGGCUCACCGGGGGCGUAUACUUUAUUGACCAGAUACCGCGGACUGGCAGUGGCAAGAUCAUGCGGCGCAAUCUGCCUACUGAGGCAAAGGGAGAUCGUGCAAAGCUGUGA